AUGCUAUUAAUAUCCUACAUUUAUCGAUUUAUUUUAUUAAUUAAUCGAAAUUUUCGUUGUUGGAGAUUUAUUAUUCUUGCAAUGAUGAUCUAUUUUAUCAUCAAUUUAUAUAUUCUAUUAAAACAAACGCGAUUGAAUUCAAAAUCAAUUUUUGGUAAUAAGUAUUUAAGACAACAAUCAUUGCAAGACAAGAAAAAAAAUGAAAAUAUUCAAAAUAUCAGAAAAAGAUCAUCUUCAUCUUUGUGUAUAUGUGAAAAUAAUAAUAAAAAAACAUUACAAUCUCAUUCACCAAUAUCACCUGAAGCACGUUUACGUUAUUCAUUUAUUGAUAUUGACGAUCUUGAUGUUGACAUUAAUUAUCUUGAUGAAGAAUAUCGUCCUUCACAACAAUUAAAUAUCCUACCUCCAUCUCCAGACAGUCAUCCAUAUACACGUAUACUUAAUGUUAAAGGUGAUACAUCCGUUAUUAUAUACAAUCGUUUACCACAAUGUUAUGAACAUACCAUGGGAUUAUUUUUACAAGAUAUAUCUUAUCUUCAUUCAUAUACUUAUAUAUCAAGUCAAAUAUAUGUUCCAUUUUCUUAUAAUAAGUCUGCGUUAGUAUCAAUAGCACGAUCAUUAAAUAAACAUAAAUUUAAACAAUUAAUAUACGAACGACAUAUUUAUUUUUUUGAUUAUUAUGCAUUACAAUUUCCUAAUCAUCCUGUAUGGAUUAAUUUAGUUCGUGAUCCAAUGUAUCGCAUAGCAGCAGAAUAUAAACAUUCACGUGAAAUUUGUCGAAAAACAAAUCGUUGCUUUGUACAACAAGAUGCAAUAAACGAAACACUUGAUGAAUGUGUUAUAAAACGAUCACCAAAAGAAUGUAUUUCAUCUGAUAAUGGUAUUGCACGAAUGUUACCAUUUUUUUGUGGAUUAAAAUAUUCAAUUGAAUGUCAAGAAGAAAAUAAUUGGGCAUUAAAACAAGCAAAACAAAAUAUUGAUUUUUUCUAUACAGUUGUUGGUAUUGCAGAAGAAUUUUAUAAAUUUCUAUAUGUUCUUGAAAAACUUCUACCACAAUAUUUUAAACUUGCUCGUAUUUUAUUUAUGAAUCAACAUGAUCCAAAAAUAUUGGCAGAUAAAAGAGAUAUUAAUGUUCGACUUCCAAAUAAAAAUACAACGAAAAUUCUUAUGCCAUUUCUUAAAUACGAAUAUGAUUUAUACAAUUAUAUUAAAAAACGAUUUUUAGAUCAAUACAAUAUGUUGCUUGAGCUUGAUAAUUGA